AUGAAUGUGAAGAGGAAAGUCCCUAAGUUAAUGUCUAGCAGAUGUAAUCGGAAUCUUCCCUGCGAGCAAUGUUCUCGCUCCAAGACGGAGUUAUGCACUUAUUUGACCGACGAUGACUCUCUUGCUGAAGGGUUUGGCCACAGCCGUGUGACGAGCCGCAUGACGCCGCCACGCUUACCUGCCGCAGGUUCUACGAGCAGAAGUCAUUCCACAGCCCCCCAUGAGACAUCGGACCAGAUCUCUAUUCUCAACUCCCAAGACACCAGGCCGGCAGCUCGUGUGCCUACGAGUGGCUUUGCUUUACCUACCCUCAGCGCUUCCGACCCGAUAUCUAGAUUUCCCACCCACUCGUUCCCUGUGAAAGACUCAGCUAUCAGUCCUGAUAUCGGUCAAACUUUAACCUUAGAUGUUGAUUUUUACACUGCCCCUAAAGCUUUAAAUACUGGGGCAACCUCGUCAUCAACAGCCUACGAUGAGAGUGCCGUAGUUCGAGGAAUCUUCUCAAAGACAAGAUUCUUUGGUCAGAGCCAUUGGAUGAACAGUAUAUAUCAGUUCUCUCAAGUGUACGAAGUGAUCCAAAAGUUCGAACUAGACGAGACCUCCGAAGCUCGCACAGUUUACGAUAAAUGCAAAGGCCUGGCCAGGGCUAUCAAGGCCCAAGAAAUCGCCAAACAACCCCCCAUUGCGGAUAUCCUGGAUCAUGUUCCUCCCAGAAAUAUCGCCGAACCACUUGUGCAGGCAUAUCUCCAAACCUUUGAGUCUAUAUUCCGGAUCUUACACGUGCCAUCAUUCUUACGUGAUUUUAAUAACCACUGGGUUAAUCCCAGCUCGUCAGGUCCGGAUUUUAUCAUUAAGCUACUGCUUGUAAUGUCCAUUGGCUCUAUAUUUUCUCCGGAUCGCAAUAUAUCGGCCUCCAACUAUUCCAGUGCAUCCCGAUGGAUAUACACAGCGCAAUCAUGGUUAAAUUCUCCGUUUGAGAAAGGCCGAAUCAAUAUUUCCGGGAUCCAGAUUUAUUGUCUUCUACUCCUAGCACGCCAGGCGAAUGGUGUUGAGGGAGACCUAGUUUGGAUCUCAGCGGGCUCUUUACUAAGGGCUGCAAUGCACAUCGGACUUCACAUUGGCCCGUCACGCUUGGCUGGGGUGACUUUCUUUAAUCAAGAAAUCCGAAGAAGGUUAUGGGCGACCGUCCUUGAGAUUGUAGUGCAGUCCAGCAUGGAUGCUGGUGGCCUUCCCCUGGUCCCUAUACAAGAUAUAGAUUAUGAGCCGCCUUCUAAUAUUGAUGACGAGCAACUGGAGGACGCCAAUGAGGAUAUAGCUACGACACACGUGAAACCUUUAAAGGAAUAUACCAUGACCUCCGUUCAGAUUGCAUUAAUGAAAUCAUACCCCUUAAGGCUGGAGAUCGCGCAAUAUCUAAAUAACUUCCGCUCAAAACCUUUAUACGAAAAAACACUCCAUCUCGCUUCUCGCCUAUCUUCCUUCUGUCGAGACAGUUAUAUCCUUUUCAAUUCCUUCCCUACUAAUAUGCCCCAUCCCACUCCGUUCCAGGUAAACAUGCUGGACCUGCUAUCAUAUCGGUUCCUACUCGCGCUUCACCACCCUUUUGCAAUAAAGGCAAAAGCGAAUCCUACCCUAUACUUUUCUCGCAAAGUAAGUAUAGAGGUAGCUGUUUCUCUUCUGUCCCGCUCCCCCCAAUCGUCUGAUGAUAACUACACGCAUCUUAAAAUUACUGGUACUGGUUUAUUUCGUGAUGUGCCUGUGAUAGCUAUUAGCACAAUAUGCGAGGAACUUAUCCACCAACUUGAAGAGGAAAAGUCCUCAUUUAUGCCUGUUUCGAGCUCAUUUUCGCGCCAGGACCUGCGGAAAAUUAUCGAAGAAUAUGUCAACCUCCUUGAUAUGAGAAUAAAACAUCGCGAAACAAAUAUUAGAGGCCAUAUACUGUUUUCAUGUGUACUCGAGCAUAUUAAUGCUAUCCAAACCGGCCUGCCAGUCAAUCAAUCCAUUGCCGCUGCUCUAAAGAGGAGCUUGGAUCAGUGUUAUGGUACGCUAAAAGCCAGGGCGAAGGCAUGCGAAAUUGAUACGCCAUCAGAUACCCAACCAGAUAACAUACUGGGAAUGAAUGGGGCGCAUGAUUGGCUUUUUGAUGAUGAAAUGGAUGCCGGGACGGAUUUUGAUCCUUGGCUCUCAUGA